GUGGGGCAGGGGAAAGCGCUCUCCCUCCUCGUCUUCGGCAGCCAUACGAAAGGAGCGGCCGUCAUACAGCCACACGCCCCGUGGCUGGGAAGCUCGGUACGGAGGGAAGACGCAGAAUAAGUGUGGGCUUGUCCGCUGCAAUCACACGCAGCCUGUGAGCUGAUAACUUUCCACACAGGCUGAGAGCUGAUCAACGAUCGCGAUACACAGCCGAGACGGUCUGCGAGCCGAUACACACCCGCAGCAGCCAAUAAGCAGCCAAGCUCUUCUUGUGCGGAGCAGCGCUAUCCCAGCAUGCCCGUGGUGGUGCUGCAGUCCUCGCCCCUGCUGUGGACGCGGGUGGCGGCCAUGCUGUUCGCGUGUGUGGCGUUCAGCGUGGCGGUGCAUGGGGCGCAGGUGGGCCACGGCACGGGCGACUGGUGCAUCUUCUGCUGGAGCUUCAGCUUCGCCGGGACGCUGCUGGUGCUGCUGGUGGAGCUGUUCGGCCUGCAGGCGCGGGUGCCCGUGUCCUGGAAGAACUUCCCCAUCACCUUCGCCUGCUACUCCUCCCUGCUGUGCCUCUCCGCCUCCAUCAUCUUCCCGCUCUACUUCCUGAAGGGCUAUCCGUACAGCGACCAGCGGCGCGACUACCGCAUCGUCUCCACCGUCUUCUCCUGCCUGGCCACCGUGGCGUACCUGAGCGAGGUCAGCAUCAGCAAGGCGCGGCCGGGAGAGGUGGCCGGCUACAUGGCCACCGCGCCCGGCCUGCUCAAGGUGUGUGAGACCUUUGUAGCCUGCGUCAUCUUCGUCUUCGUCAGCGAGCCGGUGUCGUACGACCGGCACGACGCUCUGCGCUGGUGCCUGGCGGUGUACUGUAUCUGCUUCAUCCUGUCGGCCGCCAUCAUCGUGCUGUGCGUGGGAGAGUGCACCGGCUGCCUGCCCUUCCCCUUCGCCCGCUUCCUGUCGGCCUACGCCCUGCUGGCUGUGCUCAUGUACCUCUCCGCCACUGUCAUCUGGCCCAUCUUCCAGUUCGACAGCAAGCACGGGGGCGGCUCCUCCCAGCGGCCCAGCUGGUGCCGCAACACCCCGGGCCUCUGCCCCUGGGACAAGCUGGUGGCCGUCGCUGUGCUGACUGCACUCAACUUUGUGCUCUACCUGGCUGACCUGGUGUACUCCGCCCGCCUCGUCUUCGUCACUGUGUGACAGAGGGGACCUAAGACUGGAGGGAGGGAGAGUGACGCAAAGAGCAGACCUAUCCUCUCUCUGCUUCCUGCUAUCCCACAAGUAUUUUACCUUAACCACCAAUAGUGUGGCACUCCCUUACCUUGUCCACCAAUAGUGUGUCACUCCUUUACCUUAUCCACCAAUAGCACGGCACUCCCUUACCUUAUCCACCAAUGGUGUGUCACUCCUUUACCUUAUCCACCAAUAGCAUGGCAUUCCCUUACCUUAUCCACCAAUAGCACAGCACUCCCUUACCUUAUCCACCAAUAGCGCGGCACUCCCUUAACUUAUCCACCAAUAGCACGGCACUCCCUUACCUUAUCUACCAAUAGCAUGGCUCUGUCUUUAGAUAUCCACCUACAGAAAGUGCUUCUUCAUUGCCACAUAGAGAAAAAUAGAUAAACGCCUCCAUUCAGAAGCCGUAUUUGACUCUUCCCCUUUCACUUCGCACACAAACUGCAGUAUUAAAGAUGAAAGCUACCGGCAGGCAUCUCCCAAAGCUCUCCCUGAAGCUGCACCAGUAUUUCACUCUCAGAGCAACUGGCUGGCAGCUGCCGUUUGCCAAAUGCUCCCAAAAUGUCACACGAUAUCCCUAUGAUUGUCCAGCCCCUCGCUGACCCAGGCUGGCUUUGCUCGGCAUGAUGGGUAAAUGGAUCAGAAUCCCCAGUGACGGCUCCCUGGGCUUCGGAAUCUUCCAGUGAUCCUGCUCCACGACGCAGAAGGACAGAGCCCGUCUGCUGAAAAAACGUGCCAAUCGUGCCUACAAUGGGACUGUAGCUACAUAUGAACCAGCCUGUGGCUUCUGUGGCUUACUGCUUAUGAAGGUGUGCACCUUCACCACAACCCUUUGACACUGUUUCAAUCUUCUAUAUUAGUUACACAGUUAAUGCCACAGUCCCAGUUUAACCCUCUGUCUGGUUAUUAGUCCAUCUAGCAGUUAAACGGUGCUUCAUGGACAGAGACCUCAGAUCACUUUCGCUCCGUUUGGUAGUUUGUUUUUAAAUGAGGUAAUGGAAAUCUUUAAUCAAUGUUUUAUAACUUCACAUCCUAAUUUUGUAAACAAAUGAUGAAGCAGGAUGAAAAAAGCAUCUCUUUAUGUUUUAGGUUGGUUGUGAUCACUGUAGUCCAAAAUGCCUUUCUAAUACAUGGGGAUGUUUGCAUUCAUAUAUAUGCGUGUGUAUAUGUGUGUAUGUAUAUGCAGUAUAUUUAAAAGAGAAAGACCUAGAUAACUGCUGUUACCUUGUGAUGCAUACAUGUAAUAAUGUGUGUGUAUGUGCGGGAUUUUGUGUGCUUCCUCUCUGCAGUGUUUAAACUACAGCCCAGACACACAGAGGUUAAGAUUGUGAUCAUUCUGAAGUAUUUCUGUGAGCACCGUACUUUAAAAACAUCGAUCACACACUGCAGUCUGUAUUACCCAGAAUCCUCCUUGUUUCUCUUCUCUCAGAAGCCACUCCACUGCCACACCUGCAUAGGCCUCUGUUCCAGCUGUCUGCUUCUUCAGGACUGAAUUCAUGUGAUUGUAUGUUGAAAUGUCACAGAUGCUAAAACAACAACAGAUGUUUAUUUAUGUUUGUAUUUUUAUUGAAGAGGAAGAAAUUCAUUUAGUGAAUGUAAGACAGAUGGAUUCUUUAAGAACGAAGAUUAGUGCGAUAUGCUUUAUUGAUACAUUUUUUCUUUUUUGGGUCAUGUCACCACCUGCCUUUAAAAGCUAAAGAGAUAUCAGCACCACCUGCCUUGAAAAGCUAAAGAGAUAUCAACACCACUUGACUUUAAAUACGAAAGAGAUAUCAGCACCGCCUGCCUUUAAAUGCAAAAGCGAUAUCAGCACUUGCCAUUAAAUGCCAAAGAGAUAUUAGCACCGCCUGCCUUUAAAGGCUAAAGAGAUAUCAGCACCACUUGCCUUUAGAUGCUAAAGAGAUAUCAGCACCACUUGCCUUUAGAUGCUAAAGAGGCAUAAUGAAGGCUGUGUUUUGAGCCAAACUGCAGGUCCAGAGCACCAUAAGAUCCAGUCCGGG